AUGGGUCAGAAGAACCCCUGGAAUCGGUCGAUGAUUCACGUCGCUUUCGGAAUCCUUGGAGUGUUCCUUUUCGGACAUAGACUGAUGUUGGACUUUGUCAGCCCAAAGCUGUCAGUCCCUCGACCCAGAACCAGAACUGCAAGACGAGCUACAGCCACCGUAAGAGCCGAUGGUGAUCGGAUUUGGUGGGUGAAAAUGAACGACUAUCAGCAGCAAGUUUGGGCGUUGUCGAAUGCACUUGCAGGGCUACUCCGAGACAGUGAGGCAUCCAAGUUUCCACCCAGUUUGCGUCAGAAGACCAGAGAACUGCAACAGAGUUGCAACAGACUUCAGCACUACAUUGCAACGUCCACAUCUCGUAUCCAGAAGGAUGUUGGAGAGUGCAUUGAGGACCUGAAGAGCAUAGAACCCUCUGAGCAGCAACCCAGAAGACUUCGCCGAAAAUUGUCAAAUGUUGAAGAAUACCUCCUGAGCGUCAGCGAGACCCUGCAGAGUCAGGAAUCACGUGCUCAGGACCUGGAGCUUGAGAUCCGAUGUCUUGAAGAUGACUUCUUUGGUCUGCAAAAAGAGGCAGAACAAACCACCAACAACUAUGAGCUCGGAGUAAAAGUGUUUGCUGUUUGCGCAGUUGUUGCCUUUGCUGCAGUUGCUCUCCCUGCUUUGGCAGCAGCAGGUACUGCGGCAGCAGAAGGAGCGGCUGUAGCAGCAGGCACAGCAGCAGUGUCGGAAGGCGCUGUAGUAGCGGCAGGCACAGCAGCGGUGGCUGAAGGGGCUGCAGCAGCAGCAGCAGGCACAGCAGCGGUGGCUGAAGGGGCUGCAGUAGCAGCAGGCACAGCAGCGGUGGCUGAAGGUGCUGCAGUAGCGGCAGGCACUGUGGCAGCUGUUGAGGGAGCAGCAGUUGCUGGAAUCAGCGCAGAAACCGUUGCUGUCCUUUCCGGGGGUGCGGCGCUCGCACUCAAAGGCGGUGCUGAUGGGUGCCGUCAAUUGGGAGAGUUUCUGGACCGCCAGCAACAAUCAGUGUCAGAGCAUCGGGGAUUUGUGAAGCAACUGGAGACGGAGAUCGAUGUGAUGAAGGAUGACCUUUCCAAUUUGCAGAAGCGAUUGAGUACCGCGUCGGAUGCGAUGGACGAUGACGACAUUGCAGAUGCGUCGCGGAUUUGUGAUCGAUUGGCCGAGCGGCUUGGCGAACUUGUGUGA